AUGCAGCACUACGGGGUGAAUGGCUAUUCCCUACAUGCUAUGAAUUCACUCAGCGCCAUGUACAACCUGCACCAGCAGGCAGCCCAGCAGGCCCAGCAUGCCCCCGACUACCGGCCAUCAGUGCACGCGCUUACACUGGCUGAGCGCCUAGCCGGCUGUACAUUUCAAGACAUCAUCUUGGAGGCCCGCUAUGGCUCCCAGCACCGCAAACAGCGUCGUAGUCGCACGGCAUUCACAGCCCAGCAGCUUGAGGCCCUGGAGAAGACCUUCCAGAAGACUCAUUACCCAGAUGUGGUGAUGCGCGAGAGGCUGGCCAUGUGUACCAAUCUGCCUGAGGCCCGUGUGCAGGUCUGGUUCAAGAACCGCAGGGCCAAGUUUCGAAAGAAGCAGCGCAGCCUGCAGAAGGAACAGCUGCAGAAGCAGAAGGAGACCGAGGGGUCCCACGGAGAAGGCAAGCUGGAGGCCCCAGCCUCAGACGCCCAGCUGGAGGCAGAACAGCCUCCCAGUCUGCCCAGUGGUGACCCCCCUGCUGAGCUUCAAUUGAGCCUGUCGGAGCAAUCAGCCAGUGAGUCUGCCCCUGAAGAUCAGCUGGACCGUGAGGAGGACUCCCGGGCUGGGGCCGAGGAGCCCAAAGCUGAAAAGAGCCCUGGAUCUGAGAGCAAGGUGCUGGGCUGCAAGAGGGGCAGCCCCAAGGCAGAUUCCCCAGGCAGCCUGCCCAUGACUCCCGCAGCGGCAGGGGGAGGCCUCCUGGGCCCUUCCCAUUCCUACUCGUCGUCCCCGCUCAGCCUCUUCCGGCUGCAGGAGCAGUUUCGCCAGCACAUGGCAGCCACCAACAACUUGGUGCACUACUCGUCCUUUGAAGUGGGAGGUCCGGCGCCUGCUGCGGCUGCAGCUGCGGCUGCGGCGGUACCCUACCUAGGUGUCAACAUGGCCCCACUGAGCUCACUGCACUGCCAGUCCUACUACCAGUCCCUGUCAGCCGCUGCGGCUGCCCACCAGGGUGUGUGGGGGUCCCCAUUGCUGCCGGCGCCCCCUACAGGCCUGGCACCUGCCUCAGCUGCCCUGAACAGUAAAACCACGAGCAUUGAAAACCUUCGCCUCCGGGCCAAGCAGCACGCAGCCUCCCUGGGACUCGACACACUUCCCAACUGACUGGCUUCCAACCCAGCCAUGGUCUUGUGUGUUCCCCCGUCUCAGACCCAUGGUUAUUCCCAGAAGGCUCUCCAAGAACUAAUCUUGAGAGCUCAGGGAUGUCGGGGCCUGGAGUCCUCUCACCCCGUGCCCCUUCUUCAGAGUCCCAGCCCCAGGUGAAACCCACACACCCUCUGCAUGACCCUGCUUGGACCCCGUGGAGGUCAAACGGGGAGGAGGUGAGCAACUGGCUAGAUCCCCUCCUCAGUAUUGCCUCCUCCCUCCUGGCCCUCC